AUGGAGUUAAAAGGACAAGUAGCUUUAAUCACCGGUGCAGCCGCCGGUAUUGGACUCUCCUAUUCGGAAGAACUCCUCAAGAAUGGUGCUAAGGUUUCCCUGUGCGAUAUUGAUUCUGAAAUAGGGGAGCAAAUUGCUGAUGAGCUCGGUGUAAAAUAUGGACGAAAAAAUGUAUUAUUUUGCCAAUGUGAUGUUACUGAUUAUCCACAGUAUGAAGAAGCCUUCGAGAUGACAAUAAAAGUAUUCAAUCGAUUGGAUAUAGUAAUAAAUAAUGCCGGGGUGAUGAACGAUAGAUUUUGGGAGCUAGAAGUUGAUGUCAACCUGAACGGCGUUAUCCGAGGUACGCUCCUAGCAUACCGUUAUAUGGGCAAAGACCGUGGCGGGCAGGGUGGAACCAUAGUGAAUACAGCCUCCACUGCCUUCGCCAAACCACAAGUGUCUACCCCCAUCUAUACGGCUACGAAUUACGCAGUUGUCGGGCUGACUAGGGCCUAUGGGGAUCAAUACCACGUCAACCUCACAGGAGUAAGGAGUAUAGUUUUGUGUCCGGGAUUAACGGACACUGGACUAAUUAAGGACAUCCGUAAGCAGUUGAUGUCUUCUGAAUAUGAGGCUGCGUGGCAGAGAGAUAAUGCUAACUCAAAAACUCAGAGCUCUGAACACGUCGCAAGAUCUUUGAUUGAAAUCCUAUUGAAAGCUCAAAGUGGGUCAGUAUGGGUCGUGGAGAACGGUCAGCCGGUGCGCGAGUGGCGUGCUUAA